GUUCACAAUAACAAUUUGAUAGGUCUAGUGCUACAUCUCGAGCUCAGGCUACAGUCAGCUGCUGUCUGAUGUUAAAUACCGCAUGAAUGUGACCGCUAGCACGCACUGGCGUUAGCUCGUUUACUUGACUUCCGUGCUGGCUAAUGGCAGUGAGGCAGUAACGUAGAAAAGUUGUUGAUAACAGAACAACCUAGUCCACCCACCAGCCAGCUCGCCAGCCAGCCUGGCCUUUGUUUACUUGCUUCUCAGGUAAGAGGUGAGCAAGGGGCAGGGCCACCCACACGGUAGGAGGGAUGCCUGUGGAGGGUGGCAGCAGCAGCGGCUCUGCUUCGGCUGCCCGUCACCCCAAGCAGAAGCGCAAGGCUCACAGUUUGUCCAUCCGGCGCACCAACAGCACAGAGGAUAGGCUACCGGGCUUUCAAAGAGGAGACAUGCUGGAGGGACAGGACUCUAAGCUGCCCCCCUCUUUACGGAACAACCUUCUGGACCUUUUUGGCCAGAUUGAGCGCGAGUUUGAAAAUCUCUACAUUGAAAACCUUGAACUACGCCGGGAAAUUGACUCUUUGAAUGAGCGUCUGACCGGAGAUGGACAGACUAUUGAGGGAGGAGACCCCACCAAGGGGGCUUUGAAAACAAAAGCCAGCCACAGCACCAGUCAACUGUCACAGAAGCUGAAGACGACCUACAAAGCCUCUACCAGCAAGAUUGUGUCCAGUUUUAAAGCCACCGCAGGCUCUCGAGCUUUGUGCCAGCUGCUCAAGGAGUACGUGGGCCACCGGGACGGCAUCUGGGAUCUCAGCAUCACCCGGACUCAGCCAGUAGUCCUGGGCACCGCCUCCGCAGAUCACUCAGCUUUACUUUGGAGUAUAGAGACUGGGAAAUGUCUGCUGAGGUAUGCUGGCCAUGCAGGAUCAGUCAACUCUAUCAAGUUCCACCCCACAGAGCAGAUGGCCCUCACAGCCUCUGGGGACCAGACUGCUCACAUCUGGCGCUACAUGGUGCAGCUUCCUGUCCCCCAGCCACCACCAGAUGUCAGUGCUCCGUGUGAUGACGAUCAAGACUCGUCAGACAGAGAAGAAGGUGAGGUGGAUGGCGAAGGCCCUUGCGAGGUACCCACCAUCCGGGUUGCUACGGCAACCCUGAAGAGCCACCAGGGUGUAGUGAUCGCAGCUGAUUGGUUGGUUGGAGGCCGACAAGUGGUGACUGCAUCCUGGGAUCGUGCUGCCAACCUGUAUGAGGUGGAGACGUCUGAACUGGUUCAUGCACUAACUGGACAUGACCAGGAGCUGACCCACUGCUGUACGCAUCCCACCCAGCGGCUGGUGGUCACUUCAUCCAGAGACACCACCUUCAGACUGUGGGACUUCAGAGACCCGUCCAUUCACUCUGUCAAUGUCUUUCAGGGACACACUGACACGGUGACGUCGGCAGUGUUCACAGUGGGAGACAAUGUGGUUUCAGGGAGUGACGACCGCACCGUCAAGGUGUGGGAUUUGAAGAACAUGAGGUCGCCUAUAGCAACCAUCCGCACUGACUCAGCUGUGAACAGGAUAAGCGUCUCUGCCAACCAGAGGAUCAUUGCUCUGCCACACGACAAUCGACAAGUCCGACUGUUUGACAUGAGCGGAGUGAGGCUGGCCAGACUUCCACGCAGCAACAGAAUGGGUCACAGGCGAAUGGUGUGUUGUACGGCGUGGAAUGAAGAGAACCAGUCGUGCAACCUGUUCACCUGUGGCUUCGACCGACAGGCCAUCGGCUGGAACAUCAACAUCCCCGCCCUGCUGCAGGAGAAGUGAUGCCACUGACACACGCACAACAGAAACACACGGUAAAGCAAGAGAUGGUACACAUAAACACUGUAAUCUUUGGUCUCGCACAUGCUUGCAUGUUCAAAGUUUUUACCCAGUGAAGCACUUUAGUUGUUAUGUAUAUCACAGAUUUCCAGCUGCUGGAGUGUGUGAAAAAAUGACUUUUGAGGAUGCAGCUAUUGACAUUAGAUAUUUUGCAGAUGAAUAACUCAUGUGAUUUGUUGUGUUCAUCUGCAUUUGAAACCUGUAGAACAUCACCAGUUUUUUAAAUGACUGACGUGGUUCCAGCAUUUUAAAAUCCAAGUGUGUGUGAGGCCAAAGAGCUGAUCUCCUGUAUUUGACCCUCUCACUUAUUUAGCAUGCGUUGUGAAUCGUGACAUUGCUGUCUGUUUUGUUUCUAGUCUUUUUCUGUUUUAAAGUAUAAAAGUAUGUAUUUAACUCCACAGUCACAGGCUGCUAUUCACAUCACUGUUGUUUAGUUACUGCUGAGUGGUUGCCCUUGCAUGUAGAUAAUCUCAGUUUGCAAAUAUUACUUGACUAGAUGUGAGAGAACCAUAAUAAGGCCAGGAGAGUUUGUAGACUAUGAAAUGAAGAAAGUAUGUACAUAAUAUGUUGUGGCCUCAUUAAGUAACCUGUGUUGCAGGUUGUUGCUCCUUUAUGGGUUAAGUGACUUACAGUGAUCUACCUUUGUGAAAUGUUUUUAUCCUUUUAGUCAAACUUGAAAUAUUUCUUAUCAUGGAACAAAACAUAUAAUAUUCAGACCUGCCAGAUUACCUGCACAGCAUGCAGGCUGCUGGGUCAUUCAGUUGUAUUAAAAUGUUUCAGUAACCGCUGUCUUGUCUGAAGGUUUUCACCGAUUAAGAUUUGAGUCCUUGCCUUUACCUUUGAUGCUUUCAAUUCACAGCCAGCCUCUAUCCAUUUUUUUUUUUUUCAUUUUUUCAAACGAGUCUGUAACUCUGCCUUGUUCCAUGUUUACAGUAGGAUUUAGUUUUUAAAAUAUUGCUGUACUCUGUCUCUCUGUCAGACUGCAAAGUGUCAAUAGCAUAGCAAUAAUGGGAAAACAACUGCACUUCUGUUGUUCACAAAUCUCUUGUAGGUCUGUGAAUGUGAUGUGUCCAACAUUAUCAUAAUCUAGUGUUCCCUAUAUGUCGCAGGUUUAUGAGUCACUCCUUUAGCCAUAUUAUGUGCUCAUAUUUCUUCAGUGUCAGUGAAAUACAGACUCAUCCUCUUCAGAUUGUUGCCAACUGGGAGCCCUGUUUUGCUUUACGUUGAAUUUGUUGUGGUUACACUUUGCAUGAACCCUAAGCUUUGUGUGACCUCUUGGACUUUUUGUUGUUGAUCGCGUUUUUAAGUCUGUGAGAUACACUCUUUAUCCAAAUUCCCAAGCAAUAACCAAGCUCCUUUAUGUUUCUGCUCAGUGUGAAGCCCAUUUCUGCAGUGAAUCAGUGAAUAUGACUUGAAAUACAAACUGGAUCUCAGUUUAAGAACUAGUAGAACUGGAAUUGGGCUUGACCGAAAUCCUUUAUUUGUCACAUCCCUAUUCCUCAACAUGAAGUCAUGCUCUAGUUUUUGAUCUUCAGACAUUUAACUUAUUUCAGUGCUGUAAACCCCAUGACAUGAUUCAAUGACUUGUGUGACUGGUGUAGAUGUUGCUCAGUGUACAUAGUAAUGAAUAACUUACCCCAAAGUUGGCUUCAAACUUCACAUUUUACUGCUGUUUCUACCAACAAUAGAGUCAGGAUGGAUUUGAGGUAGCACAAAGGUAAAAAUGUAAUACUCAAAUUAAAAUGCCUUACCAUUGCAUUGCAAAUAGUACAUUAGCCUUAUCCACCUGAGCAUCAAUGCACUUUUCCAAUGCUUGUUAAAUAACUUAUUGUGUUCCACUGCACUGUGCAGAUAGAAUUUUUAUUCCUGUUUCUUUCAGGGAACUCAAUCUCGCGGCCACUGAUAUCAUGUCAUUUUAAUCUGCAGGUAGAAAGGCAAGUCCUAUUUUCGCCCCACAUGUGAAUUCCAACUUGAAAGAAAUUAUUUUGGAUUGAUAUAUUGAAUUAUUGCUCAUUAUAGGGAAUCAUAUUCCUUAAAGUUCAUUGUGUGAUCUACUUUGCAUACUUUAUUGUGAUAGCUAUGUGCUCUCUGACACUUUCCAAUAAAAUGUGUGAUUUCCUUU